AUGUUUGGAGGGAUCAUGAGCCAGAUGGCUCACAUCACGGACUUUCUUUUCCUGAGUGGAGCCAGGGCGGUGACAGAGACGAACAUCCGAGGGAAAGGGAUCACGUGCAUCGUGAAUGCGACCCGGGAGCUACCUUGCCUUCCCUUAUCCGACGUUGACUAUCUGAAGAUUCCCGUCGAGGACCUCCCCACCGCACCCAUCUCUGACUACUUUCACGAGGUGUCAGACAAGAUCUAUGAAGUGAAGAAGAAAGGAGGUAAGACAUUGGUGCACUGCAUAGCUGGGGUUAGUCGAAGUGCAUCUCUCUGUGUGGCUUACCUCAUCAAAUAUGAAGGACUCACCCUCAGGCAGGCCUACCACCAUAUCAAGGGUAAGACUAAUCUUCUCUUUCUUCUUUCAUAA